GUUAAAGGUUAGUUUGUUUUCCUUUUAAAAUAUGUAAGUUUUUAUAUAAUUUCAGAUUAGCAAAACUCUUGAAGAAUUUAUAGAAAGUAUAAAAAAUGAUCCUGAUACUAAAAUGCCAAAAGAUGGAACAGUGCACCAGCUGACUAGUAAUGCUAUAAUGCUUUUAGAACAACUUCAGGAUUAUCAAGAUAUUUUGGGAAGUGUUUUAACAUUGCAAGACACCUCAUUUGCAACUUCUAAAGACAAAAGAAAAUUAUCCUUUGCUCAGUAUAUAACAAGAGUGUUGUCAGCUUUAAGUGUAACUCUUCAAAAUAAAAGUGAAGCUUAUAGUGAUCAGUACUUGCGUGCAAUAUUUAGAAUGAAUAAUCUUCAUUAUAUUGUCAAGGCUCUUCACAGGACUGGCCUACUUGAAAUAGUUCAAAUACAUAAUCCUGGAGUAGAGAGUUAUUAUAAUGACCAAAUAAGGGACCAAAAAAGAGUGUAUUCACAAAGUUGGAGUCGAGUAUUGCAUUAUGUCAUGGAAGUUGAUAAGCCCAUUUCUCACGAAAGAGCAUCUUUAAAUACUGCACGAGCACCUACUAGUCUUAAGUUGAGAGAGAAAGAUAAACAGAACAUCAAAGAUAAAUUUGCUGGUUUUAAUAAAGAAAUGGAAGAAAUAACACGGACACAAAAAGCUUAUGCAGUACCAGAUGUAGAACUGAGAGAAAGUUUGAAAAGAGAUAACAAAGAAUUUAUACUUCCCAAGUAUACCAUGUUUUAUGAAAAAUAUAUUGAUGCUGGUUUCACAAAGAAUACAGAAAAAUAUAUAAAAUAUACACCAACUGAUGUAUCUAAUACCAUAGAUACAUUUUUUGAUGCUGCAGCAUAAUAUUGCCUUUUGGAAAAAUACACUGUUUGUUAUUAGGUGACAGUAUUAAAUUUCAGCUACAAAAACAGCUGUGUAUAAUCUAUGUAAAAUAUCAGAUUUAGUUACUGUUGAAUAUUGUACAUAGUUUCAUGAGCAGUAUGCUUAUUCUCCGAGAUUAAACUAAAUUCUACUAAUGUUUUUUUUUUUUUUUUUUUUUUUUUUUUUUCCCAGAAUAUAGUAUGGUUUUUUAUAUAGCAUCCAUAUUAGUUGUUAUUUUUUAAAAAAUUAUGUAAAAUAAUGACAAAAUAUUGUAAAAUAUUGAUUUAAUGAAUAUUUAAUUCCAUUGACUAGAAAAUUCAAAUAAGUUAUUGCUUUAAUUAAUUAAUCAGAAUAGUUAUAGUUUUUCUGUAUCAUUACUAUGCAUUUUUUAUAUAACUGUUUAUUAUGAUAUAAGCAAAUAGAUAUGUUUAACAUUUGAAAAUUACACAUGUGAAAACAUAAAUGAAUCUGAUAUUUCUUUUCUGUAAAAAAUGUGAAUUGUGUAAAUAAAAUAUGAGCGAACUGUUUAACUCUGAAAAGUAAUUUCAUUAAAUGAGAAAUGUAUUAUGAAUUCCAUAUGUAAAAUAUAUAUUAGAUGUUAAUUUGUAUACUUAUAAUUAAAUCAAAAAAAUUUUAUGUAUGUAUUUUUAUACUGUAUUUAUAUUAAGCAGUUGGAAUAAACUUGGCUCAGCUUUGAUUAAGAGACUCGAAA